AUGACUUGGGAUAAUUGUAUAAUACGAUUAAACAGUGAUUCUACGGGAAGUUUUUAUACUGGUGACAUAGUUACCGGAACCGUGAUAUUAGAAUUUGACCAAGAACAAAAAAUUGAAAGAAUCGAUUUACAUGUUAUAGGUAUAAGCAAAGCACAAUGGACAAGAUCCAUGCCCACUAUGCCAUAUAUUAAAAUUUACUCAGAAAAGAAAAAAAUAUUAAGCAUUAGCAUUUGUGACAUUUUUAGUGAAAUAAUUAGUGGUAAAAAGAUUAGACCGGGUAUCUACACUUACCCUUUCCACUUCGCCCUCCCCUUAGAUUUACCAUCUAGUUUCGAAAGCAAGAUUGCUAAAGUGCACUAUUGUAUUAAAAUUAAAAGCAAACCUGCGGUCAAAGUAAGAAAGAACGUUCCUCUGCGAAUUCUGGAAAAUGUCAACUUGAAUCAUUUGGAGGAAAUGAUGAUAACAUCGAUCCACGACUUCGUAAAAGCAUUUAGGACUUCAGGAAAAUUCUCGGUUUCUGUGAAAACCUAUAGGGCAUUCGCAUCCAAACAGACUGUCCCAUUUGAGAUCAUAUUAAACAAUAGUAGAAAAGUAAAAAUUAGUAAAUUAACAGUUGCAUUAAUACAGAAACUAAGGUACGAAGUCCAGACAGGAUAUGCGGAGGAGGAGAAGACAAUGUGUAAAGCGGAAAAUAAGAAAUUUGCGAAUGCUUUAGUCGAGAUCUGUAACUUAAAAAUAGAAAUGCCAUCAUUAUCUCCUUCUACUAUUCACUCGCUUGGUGCGAUGGUUAACAUUUCAUAUGAGUUCAGGGUAAAAGUAAAAUUUCGAUUUCAUUUUUCCUUGAUUGGAAGCAUACCAGUGACAGUGGCAACAGUGCCUGUGAUACACCAUGAUUUUUGAUAUAAAGAAUCCGU